CAAAUUAUUUUCAUAAUAGAUAGAUAUAAGACAUUACACCAAUAUAUGGAAAGAGAGAGAAUUUGAAGCACUAUCAAAAUAUAUGGUUACUUUUUUCAAAAAGGUAGCUCUAUAGUGAUGAAAAGCUUAUUUUCAUGACAGUAACAAAAUCAUGUCGGUGGGAAUUUGAACAUGAGGGUGUCUUCAUUGUACUCAAUUUAUGAUGGUAAUGCAUAAGUGCAAACUAAAACAAAUAUACAGGAUGAUAGAAAAUCUUACAGGCUUUCAGAAUAUAUCAUUAUUUUUUUAAAAAUAUCUUAUUAUAGAAAAGAUUUUGUUAAAAUACUGAGUGCAGUUUCUUUUUUCCGGAGGUAUAUAUUCAAACUGUAAAAGAAGCCAUCCGAAAUGUCAAUGCAAAACUUCAAAAAAUAAGGUUAUGGACCAUCAAAAAGUUCAGUGUGGCGUAUAAAAAAUUUAUUAAAAUUAAAACGAUGGAAACGACAAACAGUUCAAAAAUGAACUACCAAUCAAAAAAUUGAAUGAGUUACUAUUGUGAAACGGUUACGGAAGAAAUAUGGUAUCAAAAAAGGAAAUAAACUUUAUCAAUAGAUUCAUGUUCUCCAUACUGAUUUUACUGAUUCAUCCACAUUAACUCCUCAAUACAAUCAACACAAUGAAGAUGUUUGUGCUGAAUCAAUGUCUAAUAUUGCAUAUGAAUUAAAAUCAAAAUCAAAAGAAAAAUUCCAGAAAAAUGUUAUGUUGUGGGAUGGUAUUUCUUACCAAGGAUUAUUUCCUAAGAAAUCUCCAAUUUUUAUUGAUGAAUGGUUAGAGCUGACCAGAUCAGUAGAUGAUGAUCGUCUAGAAAAAGCGACUAAAGAAUUAGGUGAUUUACAAAAUGUAAUUUUUCAAGACGAUCAAGGCAUUGUUCUUGAACGACAAGAUGAACGUUUUUUCAAUUUAAAUAAAAAUCUUGCUAUUAAAGCAAUGAAAAACAAACUUUAUCAAAUACAAUAUGACGAACAACAAGAACGAUUAUUUCAAACACGUAAACAACAAACUGGUAGUGGAAAUCGAAAUGAAAA